AUGUCGUCAGACUCGGCAGAUGCAGUAGACACCCGUGGUAUCGGUGGAACAUCGACGAGCAGCUCUGGCCAAGCUGGACUUUCCUCCCUGGAUGGCUUUCGACAACGGAAUGGCGAGCGAUUUGGUAGCAAAGGAGACUUCAAAACCAGACGCACAGAGUGAGUGUCGCCAAGCAGACUAUUCGACAAUGAUGCGGGAGGCGUUUUGGAAGAGCUUGACAUUUCAUGCUGUCAUCUCCUCCUGCCUAGACUGCUCGCCGAGGCGCGCAAUUUGGUACCGCAAGCGGCCGACUCGGGCUCGUAUCAUCGAGCAGAAGUUGCCUGGUCUACAUUUGACGAUCCAAAUGAUCAGCUCGGUGGAGAUGGCCGCGCAAGGGAAACAUCUUCGGCCAGCCGAUCUGCAGUCCUUGACUGGUCGGAUUCCAAGCUAAGAGACGACACGCUGAAGCUGAUCGAACAAUUUCUUGCCGAUGAAGGCUUCGGAGCGACAAAGCAAAUGCUUGCGGAGGAGUGGAGCGGUCAGGUGCGAGCGAGGGAAGAACAGAGCGCGGAUGCGCGAAUGCUACGGAAAGGAAUCUUGGGUGAGUCAGGCCUUGAAACGCGCUCGCAAUCGUUUUGGGCAAUACUUGUGAGCGCUCCAUUACUCAGAUCGCGUUUUCACUUCUACAUACCUGACAGAGGGUGCCUGGGACGAAGUAGAAAAGCUGCUAUCCAAGCCUCUGGUCAGGAGCAUCAAUGCCUUCCGCUAUGCGUGCUACAAGCAGAUCUUCCUUGAGCUGAUAGACGGUCGGGAAUUUCAGAAGGUGCGCAAAGUAUGUCUGGUCACCGUGUCGGGCUGAACAGCUUCUGACCCUUUGCACGCUGGGGCUUCGUAGGCCUUCACUUUCUUGAACAAGAGGUUACGCGGUUUGGAGCACUUUCAACCCCAUGCCGAAGAAUUCAAGGACCUAUGCUAUCUCCUCUCAGGUGAUUUCCCCUUUGCUGCCGACGCUUUUUUUGGUAGUUCCUGGCUCUGCUCACUCGUUUUCAUCGCAGCCAAAAGCAUCACCGACGCCCCCUCUUUCAGGUCUUGGGAAGGAGCUCAGCCGGCACGAGAAGCGCUCGUCUCUCAAUUCUCAGGGCUGCUCGAGCAAGAUCACCUGGAUGCUGCUGCUGCUGCUGAUGAGGCCACGGGUGGUCAUACGAGUGACCCAGCUUCUGCUUAUGUUCCACCUGAGAGGCUCAAGAGCUUGCUACAUAUGGCAGUAGCGUACCAAGUUGAAUUCAGCAAGUAUCAUCCGAGGAAGGCACCUCGCGUCCGGAGCUUGCUGCAUGACUAUGGUGAGCCAGUCUGCUGAAAGCGCUCGCGUAUCACGACCGCCUCAAUUCACACGCUCUCCCCCCGUUUCUCAGAGUCUUACGUCAUUCCGGACAGCAUAUCGCAAGUGUUGAGAGGCCACAGGCGGAACGUGAAAGCACUGUGCUGGGUGGGGUCCGAGGGCUACUCGUUGCUCAGCGGCUCGUCUGAUGGCUCUGUGCGUCUGUGGGACCAUGCUUCUGGUAGAUGUGAAGCGGUUUUGGAGCACGGAGGCAGAGUGUGGGACGUGGAUUCGACCAAAAGCGGCGCGUAUCUGAUCAGCGCUGGUGGAGAUGGAACCGCUAAAAUUUGGGCACGAGACGUGUCCGCAUCAAGCGGUGGUGCCCCUCAUUCCACCACUACGACUGCUGCUGGAAAUGUGACAGGAGGCGCGGCUGCUGGCGUGGAGCUUAGACAUACGCUCAAAUCUUCGACUGGCGACGUGUAUGCUUGCCGAUGGCAAGAAGAUGGCAGCAGACUGUUGGCAGGUGGAUAUGACAAGCUUGUCCGACUUUACGAUGCCACUACGGGCUCGCUUGUCAGCACAUUUACCGGCCACUCGCUAGGCAUCACGAGGUGAGUAUGGCCAGAGCUCGUCCUGUCGUGCGACUUCGGUAUCUCAAGCACCGCUCCUCUGGGUUGGCCACAGUGUCACCUUCGAUCCUGCAGCGAGGAUAGCGAUCACAGCGUGAGUGGAUCGGCAGACGAUACAAAAGUACGAUACAAAAGUAGAGCAGCACACUGAGAGUGCGUCUGAACCACAUGACCACAACAGAUCCAAAGACACUCGGAUACGAAUUUGGGACCUCAACAGCGGGCUAGCCGUGCGCACUUUGCAUGCCCAUCUAGGAGAAUGCACUAGCGUAGAGGUCGAUCCAAGCUCCAGACUACUUCUAAGCGCGGGCAAGGAUAAUCACAGGUGAGCAGCGCAGCGAUUCGAGGUUGAUCAGCUCGAGCGGCAGCUGAUCCGUGGUGCUGCGGCUUUUGCAGCUUGGUGCACGACCUGCGUACGCUCAAGCCGAUGGUGCGCUUGAGAGGUUCGACAAAUACGCGCGCCAACUUUGUCAAGUCCCACUUUGCCCACAAUUCUCUGGUAGCUUCUGGCUCCGAAGACGGGGUGGUCCACUUGUCAGACUUGGAGUCGGGCGAAGUCAUCUCGACUCUCAAUCAUGGUCCUGGCGUGGUCUAUGCGGCCAGGUGGAACGCGAAACAGGCUGCACUGGCUAGCUGUGGAGAUGAUGGCGUUGUACGCACAUGGGCUUACCAGCCAAGCUCGAAAUAA